AUGGCGGAGUCCUCCAAGCGCCGGAGGAUUUUGCUCAGCCCAGAAUCCUCCCGCGACCGACCUCCUCCUCCUUCGAGCCCUCGGGAUCUAAUCAGCGCAUUGCCAGACCACGCGAUCCGCGACAUCUUCUCGCAUCUGCCCAUCGAGGACGUCGUGAGGACCAGCGUCCUCUCCAAGCGGUGGCGAUACAGAUGGAGGACCGUCACCACCAACCUCGUAUUCAAUAGAGUCCGGCCUCACCAUCGCAGAACCCGCUCCUUGGACUUCCGGUGCAUCGUCGACAGCGUCCUGAGCCAGCACACCUCGACCUUGGCGUUGAAGAAAUUCCACGUCAAUGGCUUUUGUUGUUACGACGAGGCCGAUAGCCCCAAGCUCAAGGAGUGGCUCCGCUUCGCAGAGCAGCGCCAUGUGGAGGAUCUCCGCCUGGAAGUGGAUAGUUUGGAGUGCAUGUUUAUACUGCCGCAGUUCUUGUUUUGCUUGAGUAGUUUGGUGCGCCUGCAAGUCAGUCGGUGCCGUUUUUCGUUGGGUGCGACUAGUAUUAAUUUGCCUCGUCUUAAGGUUUUGUCGAUGUCAAAUGUGAACUUGAGCGAUAAUAUCCUGGCGAGUAUUUUAAAGGGAAGUCCUGUUUUAGAGUCCCUUGAGUUGGGUCGGUGCGUGGACUUGAAUAACAUCAUUAUAAAUUCAACGAGUGUCAAACACUUGUUCCUCAGCAUCACCAAUUUCUUUGACCUACGGAGGAUUAGGGCCCCGCAUUUGCUGAGGUUGCGUAUAGCAGGGACGUGCUCUUGUUCUAAGGGAGCAGAGCAUAUGUCACUUGAGGAUAUAUCGUCUUUGGUUGAAGCCGACUUAAAUUUUGAAAUUCUACCUCGUGUGCAUGGUGACAAUAGGAUGGCCUGCGACCUGUUGAAGAAAUUUCUUGAGAGGCUGCCCAGAGUUUCUACAAUUAUCAUUGGUGAUUGGUGUUUGCAGUUUCAACUUGGUGAAGAAUCUAAUGAAGAUUUUAACUUGGACGAAGAAGUUUUCUUGUGCUCACAGAAGGAGAACUUUGGAUGUUUGUCAAAACAUCUCAAGAGAGUUGAGAUCAUCUGCUUUGGAGCUUGUAGUUCUUGGUCAAAACAUCUGCUCACUCUGAUUAAGUUUCUUCUUGGGUAUGCACUUGUGCUGGAGAAGUUGAUUAUCAAGGUUAAAUUGCCCACACGUGUACAUGAACUUCCAGCCACUGUUCUGUCGCAACUACUUGAUUUGAGCACCGAUGUGCUCAGCUUUCGAAGAGCUUUGGAAAAUGCUAAGGUUAUAUUUUAUUAUCCUCUUGAAUAG